CAGUGAGAAUUCCUCCGUACCUGUCUGAACAGGGAGCGUUGGAGUCGCUGUAGGGCAGAGGAAAGAAAGAAAUAUAAGGAAAAGAAAGGGAAUCAAGAGAAGGAAAGUAGGAGGAACAAAAGGCACAUAUUUAAAGAGCACAGACAGGGAGGAGGUGUGUUAGAGACAAUUUGGGAACGGACACAGAGUGAGAGACGAGUUUAUCAGAAUCUCAAGGCUUCAGAUUUUGCUUUUAUUCCCACCUCCCUGCUGAGCUGUUUUUCAACUUUCUGAGACCCGUGGCUAUUUUGGUCUGUCAGUGUUGGAGCGGUUUGGGAUGGAUGCCAUCAUGCUGCAAGAAAAACUGGUGGAACGGCUGCUGUGCCCACGAGUGAGAACAGCCAGGCAGAAGGAGAAACAGUAUGUGGGUUUUGCAACUCUGCCCAACCAGGUCCAUAGGAAGUCUGUGAAGAAAGGCUUCGAUUUCACGCUGAUGGUUGCAGGAGAGUCUGGUAUGGGUAAAUCCACCCUGGUCAACAGCCUGUUCCUCACAGACCUCUACAAAGACAGGAAGUUACUGAAUGCGGAAGAGCGCAUCAACCAAACUGUGGAGAUCAUCAAACACACUGUAGACAUAGAGGAGAAAGGAGUCAAGCUCAAGCUGACCAUCGUUGACACACCGGGGUUCGGAGACGCUGUCAACAACAACGAAUGCUGGAAGCCGAUCACAGACUACAUAGAUCAGCAGUUUGAGCAAUACUUCAGGGAUGAGAGCGGACUGAACAGAAAGAACAUCCAGGACAACAGAGUCCACUGCUGCCUCUACUUCAUCCCUCCAUUUGGGCACGGGCUGCGUCCGGUGGAUGUUGAGUUCAUGAAGGCUCUGCAUGAAAAAGUGAACAUAAUCCCUCUCAUUGCAAAAGCUGACUGCCUCACGCCCAACGAGAUAAAAAAACUCAAAGACAGAAUACGAGAGGAAAUAGACAAGUUUGGCAUCAAAGUGUACCAGUUCCCCGAAUGUGACUCCGAUGAGGAUGAAGAGUUUAAACAACUUGACAAAGAGCUGAAGGAGUGCACCCCGUUCGCUGUGAUUGGCAGUAACACUGUGGUGGAGGCCCGAGGGCAGAGAGUGAGAGGGAGACUUUACCCCUGGGGCAUUGUUGAAGUGGAGAACCAGUCGCACUGUGACUUUGUGAAACUGAGGAACAUGCUGAUUCGUUCACACAUGCACGACCUCAAAGACGUGACCUGUGACGUCCACUACGAAAACUACAGAGCGCAGUGCAUACAGGAGAUGACCAGUAAAUUGGCUCAGGACAACCGUAUGGAGAGUCCCAUUCCCAUCCUGCCGCUGUCCACCCCGGAUGUAGAGACUGAGAAACUGAUCAAAAUGAAAGAUGAGGAGCUGAAGAGGAUGCAGGAGAUGCUGAACAAGAUGCAGCAGCAGAUGCACGACAAAGACCAGUGAUGUCCUCCUGGUCUGCAGCGCCUCCUGCUGUUUCCCCCCUGAAUGACAGUGAGACCUUCAGACAUUGAACAUGGAUAUCAUGUGUUAGUGGCGACUCUGGCUGUACAUUUACCCUCAGUUUGGUGCUUUGUAUAGUUUGUCUGCCUGGACGGUUGUUUGUCAGAGCUUUUUUUUUUUU